GGAGUAUAUGGGUGGUAGAGAGGCAUCUGUUUUGUUGUUCUCCUUGCUCAGUUUGUUUUUGUUGAAUUGAGAGAAGGAAGGCCUUCUAAAAAUCCUGCAAAUCUUUGUAUGUAUGUUUUUCGCGCUUUCUUAAAGAGAAUUCGCUUAGAUUUUGCGGAAAAAUAUAAAAUGGUCUCCAUGGUGUCCUCCCGCACCGGCAGGUGUUUGCAGCGCUACGAUAGGAAAGGCUAUCGCCAAGUUGUUGGAUGCAUACCGUACAGAUACAGAGAUACCAGCCAAUCUUCUUCCAUUAAGGAAUUAGAAGUUCUUCUGAUUAGUUCACAGAAGGGUCAAGCAAUGAUGUUCCCAAAGGGAGGUUGGGAACUUGACGAAUCUAUGGAAGAUGCGGCCAAGCGUGAGACUUUAGAGGAAGCCGGUGUUACAGGCAAAGUCGAAAAGAAAUUGGGCAUGUGGUUGUACAAGAGCAAGAGAUGUGACAUAAUGCAUGAGGGCUACAUGUUCCCUUUGCGUGUCAACAAGGAGUUAGACCAGUGGCCGGAGAAAAAUCUCAGGCAACGGAAAUGGAUGACCGUGGCCGAAGCUGGAGAAGUGUGUCAAGGUGCGUGGAUGAAGGAAGCUUUAGAUAAGCUUGUUAAUCGACAAUUGAAACCUCAGGAAGCAAAUGAAACAACAUAGAAGAACACAGGCAGUGUCCUUGGCUUGUUUUCUCAAUCUGCCACAUCUGGCAUGAGGGUGGCCUGCGGCUUCUGUUCUGAACAACGAACGACUGGACCAAGAACGAGUGGGGGAGGGGGCAAAAGAUGUCAAGCAGAACCAAAACUUGGAUUUCCAACAUAAGCAGGAAUUGAAGAACUUUUGUAUCUGUUCUUGGUGUCUUCAUUCUUUGAUUUUUUGUUCUCAAUUGAGAGUGUUAACACAAAUUCGCGAAUCUUAGGAUGUGUAGUUGAAGGCAGCAGAGGAAUCUGUUACCAUUUACAAAUUCGAUUCAUUCUUCAAUCUAAUUGCUUCGAUUCUUUGUGUAUCA